AUGCAGGUUUUACCACUUAAUAAAGAGGUACUGAGAUUGCCUUACAUAGAAAUGAAGUCAGAGCCUCUCUGGAGCGGUGCGUGGGCUUUUCAAGAACGCGUGCUCUCGCCCCGCAUUUUACAUUUUGCGAGUGAUCAAAUCUAUUUUGAGUGCAUGGAGCAUUUCGUCUCCGAGGAUGGCCUGUUGCUAGACAAUCGUUAUCACACAGUUCACAACAUCGAUCGAGAUACGGGGCUUUUGCACUGGUUUGAACUCAUCUGGACUUAUGGACAGUCAUAUCAAGUCAUAUUAGAAGAUGAAUAUGUCGCAGGGUUUUGGAAGAAGUCAUUAGUCGAGUGUCUCUGCUGGCAAUCUGUGGAGUGCAAGCCAGCAGGCCUGUACCGGGCACCAUCAUGGUCGUGGGCGUCGGUCGAUGGCAUUGUUGGUAUGGGUUUCCAUAUGCCGACGUGGGAAUCAUUCGCGACUAUUCAUAACGUGCAUCUCCAGCUUGAUGGCCCCAAUCCGCUUGGUAAGAUUAGAGAAGCUGGGAUCGAUCUUGAAGCUCCCUUGGUGCCUUUGACUUUGGCGGAAACUCAAGGCGCCACAGGAGAUAUCUUCCUACGGACGAAAGAAGGGAGCGAAGUUGGUUUCUACGCUGGCUUCGACACCAUUCCCAGAGCCUACGCAGCAUCGGCCGAGUUGGUGCAAAGUAUGGAACUAUUUGCCGUUGUACUGGCGGAGACCCGGAUGUUAGAUUGUUCGCCAGAAGAAUGCGGAAAUAGCCCCUGCUAUCACGGUAUCAUUGUUGCGCCUGUUGACAGCAGAACAGAGGAAAUGAAGAGGGUGGGCUUCUUCGUAGCCGGCCCCGAGGAUCUCUCGUUAGCCAGCGUGUCUUCGCACAACAAAACUGUCACAAUAGUGUGA